CUGCAGCUUGUAUCAAGUGCAAUGGCACGGAAGAUAAGGUUUUAUGUCACGAAUAUUAUUUUAUGAUGUCAGUGAAUGGUACAUUGGUACUGAGAGGCCUUUAUGUUAUCUUCUGAAUCUGAGUGUAAUAAAUAAACUGAUUGAAAUAGUUCCAGUAGUAGAAUAAGAACCCAGAAAGAAGAGAAACCUCGAUAUUGUGUUUAUUUGAUCAAACAUUUCCCAAACUACCCUCAUUGUAAAUCUUUAACGCGCUAUGCCUGCAUUAGGAGGAGAGACAAUAUCCGUGAAGUCAGAAAAUCAACACGUAGAAAAAAACAAUCAGAAGACCAUUACAAAUAGCAACCACUAUCAAGCUCGAUCACUAACAGUGGCGGGAACACAGUAUAAUGUGCCUCCUGGAGUGCUUAAAGUGGUUCCAGGCUCGGUGAUUCAACUGGCAUCAUCUUCACAUGAAGAUGGGCUCGAGGAGGUACAAACCAUCACCAUGCCAGCCUCAGAGAUUGAUGCUACGGGAACAGUUCUCCAGUAUACACUAGGGCCAGAUGGGCAGUUUUUUGUACAAGCACCUGUUUCAGGAGAAGGGUUUGAAACAUACCAGUUCAGCACUGAAACUAGUGGUCAAACUACUGAACUCCAGCAAAGUGUCAUCAUGGCAACACCUUCAAUUGUCCAACCUCAAGAACAUCUUGGAGGGAUGUCACAGAAAAGGGAAAAGAGACUCCUGAAAAACAGGGAGGCUGCUAAAGAGUGUAGAAGGAAGAAGAAAGAAUACAUUAAGUGCCUCGAGAACAGAAUUGCGGUGUUAGAAAACCAAAAUGAAGCCCUGAUUGAAGAGCUGAAGACCCUUAAACAGUUGUACUGCUAAACGAAUGAGUGAUCUGAAACCUUUACUGUGAAAACAAAACUACAACCCAUGAGCUAGUCUCUUCAAGGAUGUGAUAGUUUCAGACUUGAACUAACUCAGAAUAGCUGAGUUUAAAUUACGGAAAGUGUUUUUAAAGAUAAGUUGGACAAGCAGUAUUGUUGAUUCGUGAGCUACAUGGGAAAAAGAUCAACCAUGAAAAUAAGAAUUAUUUAGAGCACCUUAUGAAAUUGAAACUUUAAUUAGUGAUAUCCAUUACAAGUUUUAAGCUUUGUAUUUUAUAGUUUUUUUUUUAAUUAUUUUGUAUACAUAUAUAUGAAAUAUCAGUAACUAAUUUUCAGUAAUAAUUUAAUUUCUUUAAUACAAAAAAGCUUAUUUAUAGACAGUUAUCAUGUUUCUUUUAUCUUACAACAUGGAUUAUAUAUUCAACAUGUAUAACUGAUGAGUUAGGAGUGUGAGUUACUUGAUUGUUUUAUCUCUAUACAGUGAUCGAAGUGAGGGGUUAUACGUGAGGUACAGCACACCCCCCACUUCUUAAAAUCAAAGCUAUCCAUACCACCAUUUUUAUUUAUGUAAAGUGACACCCAGGAUUUUUUUAGCUCACCUGCUGAGGCGUGCUACACCUCUACUUAUUUUUCCCAAUUCAAACACUGGUUUUAUAUAUAUAAUCUUGUUUAUCAAGCAUCUCAGUUUUGCUGCGUGUGGGUGUGUAAUCAGUUUUAGGAUAUUGUGUAAUAAUCACUGUAUGUUUUUGUUUUUCAAUAUUUAUUCAUCAUGAUAAGGACUGGUCUUAACAAGUUGGGAACCAUGUGCUGCAGUUAGAUCAUCGCAACUUCUGUGGUCAUGAAGUCUCUUUAGUCCAUGCUUUUUGAUUCAAUAAUUGAUAGUUUUAGUUUUUUAUAAAGAUUUUCAGACAUGCAUAUAGCACCUGUGGUCACGUUAAAUAUGAACUUCCCUAUUUUAUAAUGUUAAAUGAAUUUUUUUGCUCCAUCAUGUAGAUCAAGGUGCAUGUCAGCUUGUCAUCAUGUAGAUCAAGUUGUA